CCGUUACAACAACAACAACUAAAUUUCGGUUUGAUAUUAGAAUGUUUACUCAACCGUGAGCACAUUCGCCUAGACGCACAUAUAAACAAUCGUUAUUCUAACAAACUUUAAAGUGCUGGAGGGUGUAAAGUGCGCUAGAGAAUAAAAAUAGUACAUAUCAGAUGUGUAAGGAGUUCCAGCGACUGCUAGGCUCAAAUUGAACACAAAUACUUGCCUUUGUCAAUGCAAUUUAAUCAUAUUUGCAACCUUCUAAGCUCGAAUUUUGUACUUAAUAUUUAUUUCAUAGAUAAUGCAUGCUCUGGAUACCGAUGUUAAUUGUAAAAAAAUGCAUUUAUCGCAUAAGUUGGAAAAUGUGGCAUUUACAUUGGGUGGUGAAGAAACCUCUGCUUGCUGACACCUGCAUGAAGAUUCAUCAGCCGAAAGAAAAACUCAAUUGAUUGAAAAUAAUUUCUUAAAUAUGUCGCAUUACAAAAUAAGGGACGAUAUAUCUUUAGAAAAUUUUAGUGGAGGCUCCAAUUUGUUUACAAGUGGUACAAUAAAAACAACCAGGCGUUAAAUACAUCGGCGAAAAUCUUCAAUUUUGAAAGAUGUUGCAGCCGCCCUGUAGAGGCGGGUUAUUGCAGCUUCAGACGCACAUGCAGCAGCAGGAGUCAAAAGUUUCCAGACGAGAACCGUCAAAUUUUCUGUUGCCAAAGCUUACCGUAGCACAACGGUAUCGAGACUUAUGUACCACAAGAAGAACUAUAACAGCCAGAAAUGUGUUAUUUCUAAUAGUCGGCGCGCUGCUAGCGCUACCAGCAGUACUAACACAAACCUCUCCUUCAGAUGAAUUGUACAUCUUGCCAACGCCAGCACUAAAUGUUGCGAAAAGAGAACUGCCUAGUACCUUCGAUGCGGUAUUGGAGAAGCAUAACUCUAUGGUAGCAACCGAAGCUAUCAGUGAAUUGAGUGAACGAAUCGGCGCAAUUGAUUCUCCACAUUGGCAGAUCGAGAAGCAAUAUGGUAGCCGAACAGAAAAGAGCAGCAAAGACGAAAAGCUUCCACGCAUGGUCUCUGGCAAUGCGAACGAACUAAACAAUGGAGCUGCUGGUAACCACACGGACCUCGAGCAAGCUGAUAUAAUAGACGAUUUCUUAGAUGAGGCUCGCUACAAUUUGGCCACGCGCGUAAUGUCAAAUGGCGUUGAGGUGAUAAUUGCCAGUGAUAAAAUUAAGACUCAACUUGCUGGCGCUGAUGUAGCAACUGAGAUCGCGACCAAAGAUGCGCCGCAACAACAGCAUCAUCAAUUGCAACUGCGUGUGGUGCCCAGCCAAGCUAUCUACCGGCCAUUGACGUUGGCAGCGAGUACAUUGAAGAACCAAAUGAUCCUUGUAAUGCCGUCGCAAAAUACGGAACCGGUAAAUUUUUCGAUACCCGUUGAUCUGAAUCAAUUUGUAACGAAGAUAUGCUUAACAACCUACACCUAUCACACAACAUACCUUCAGGAUGGCUCAACAACUGUGGAAAGCCAAGAACAAGUUAUAUCAAAUAUCGCAACAGAGGAGCGUAACUACUUCAGGAUGACUCCGACCGUAUCACUGGGAGUAACUUUGACGCGUGUAAGCACAUGUGCAAACAGUUUAAUUACCACUUGCAGGCAAAAUUUGCCGCAUAGAACCUUGAUGAAGAGAUAAUAAUAGAUUGAAGGAUAUCGGCCGCUUGUCAUGUAAAUUAACAGUUCGAAUACACCAAAGUCUCCUACUGCCCCAACCGCCAAAAAGACAUAAGCGACAUUUAUUUUUGAUGCAGAAAUACACCUAGAUGCUCUAGCGUCAAUUUUUGCAAAUUUUAGUGUAAGGUACCACUGAAUUACCCAAAAUAGUUCGUUUUAAGUAGGAGCGCUAGCAAUACAUGUCCGAACGGCAGAAGAGGUGUAUUCGAUUUUUUAAUUUAAACAUCAUGUGAGAGAAUAAUUUAAUAUAGGUUUUAAAAAUGGAAAAUGGUAAAAGCCUCGUGAAGCUCGUAAAUCCCGUAAAAGUACGAGCCUCGUAAAAGAGCUGUCAAAAUUUGUAUGGAGCUCAGUUUAUGCGAAUCUCAUAAAAUUACGAGGCAAAUUUGAUGCGAGAAUGACCUCGUAAACUUCGGUGUUGCUAAAGGGCCGAAAAUUUUAUACUAAAAUGAAUGAUAAAAUAAUGAAAAAAAAAAUAAUAAAAAAAAACUUUUUAAUAU